AUGAAUAAAGCAGAUGAGCGGUUUCUCGACGGCCUGAAGACUUUAAACUGCAGAGAGCAAACCGAGCUGCUAAAACUGAAGCUGUUCUUCUAUAACAGRUUUGUGGAACCAAUAGAUCAGCAAAGCUACAAAAGGUGGAUCUCUCUGUCUUGUAACAACCAGCAGGACCAGAUUGCUCAGUCAGAUCCAGACUCAAAUGAAACAGAAACRUCUGCAGACGGAGAAACAAAGCAGCUUUCUUUUGCAGAGGUGAUGCAGCUGGUUCAAGAAGGAAAAGAAGUGCCAGGAGUGACGGAGCCGGACGUCCAGCCCAGCAACCAGAGUCCCACUCCGUCUCAGAUGCAAAGAGUGCAGAAACCGUGGGAAGCUACACCAUCAUAACUGAACUUCCACUUAAAAACCAAUGUAAGAUUUAAAUGGCUGUAAGAUUUUGUUAACAUCUGUCGGAUGCUGUGGAAUCAACAGUCUAGCACUUUUUUUGUGGUAAGACUAAGAAAUUAAGUUGUUAAUUUAUUAUAUUUUAGACUUUAGUCAGUUUUACAUUGACUUACAUGUCCCAAGGUUUUCAGUGAGAUUUUGAGCAGAACUGCAUAAUGCCUGAACUUUCAGUUUUCAAUCGGUUCCUUCCUCUUCUUUUGGUCAAUUUUAUUAAAAUAAAAYUUGGGAAGAAGAAAACACUGAUGUAAAAAUAAAAUAAAUGUUCACGCUAAUCUGUCUGGUCCUGUAGCGUAAAAUGGUGGCUCCCACAGAUGCCUUCAGAUGAGUGGACCAGGGUUUAUGCAGGCAUCUGAGACAAUUAUUUUGCUGUGAAACUGCUCCAGUUAUAAUCUGUGCCAUGAAUGAUGCACUCAGUAACCGAAACUGCAAGUAGUUCAGUUAGAAAUCGUAACUUUUUGUUGUCCCACUCUGUGUGCUCAUGUAAUAAAAAUAAAAGUUCAACUUUGCACAUUUUAUACAAAAUCUAGAUGAGGUGACAUGGGUUAAAAAUAAAAUCUCCGAUUUUUUCACACCAGA